AUGGUCAAUCCCAACUUUUCCAUCCAGCCCACCCAAGAGGGCGACAUGAUUCGCUGCGCCGAGAUCAUGAGCGAAGCCUUUUCCUCGGAAGCCAUUGGCCCUCUGCUCUUUGGCCCGCACACGGCCGAGUCGUGGGCCAAGACGGCGGCGGUGCACUGGCGCGUGCACAAGGAGCACAUGGCUGCGUUUCCCUCGUGCCCGUACGCCAUCAAGUGCGUGCACACGGACCCUGCAACGGGCGCGGAGACGAUUGUCGGGACGGCCGAGUGGGCGCUUUACGACCGCGCGCUCGCACCGGGGGAGGAGAAGCAGCUUCCCGACGACCCGUACACUGCGUAUCUGGCUGCCGUGGAGCCGGCCGCGAACCGGGCCAAGGCGGAGGUGGUGAUGGCGCCAAUGGUCAGGGUGAGGAAGGAGUUUACGCGGGGAAGGCCGCACGGGUUCUUGUCGUUUAUGGCGGUGGACGGGCGGUGGAGAAGGCAAGGGGCGGCGUCGGCGUGCGUGAGAUGGGGCAUGGACAGGUGCAGGGAGCUGGGCAUACCGGCGUACCUCGAGGCGACUGAGGACGGGAGAAGGGCGUAUGAGGGAAUGGGAUGGGAGGUGGUGGACUUGCCUGGGCUGCCGUAUCCGGCCAUGAUGUGGUGGCCAGAGGGCGUGAAGAGGUGGACGGAUUGA